UCUAAACUCUCUUCUUCCUCUUUAAACGGGUUUUCCCAUCUCCCACCAUGGCACGGCUCUUGCCUUGCCUAGUCUAUGCAUUGGCUAUAUGUUUAUUGGCCAAUGUUGUAAUGGCUGAGUAUGAGCCAUACAUUCCAGAAAAAGAAACUCCAAAACCAAUUGUGGAUGCUACCAUUGAAGUAGCUUUACCAAAACCAGAUUACAGCUAUACUUCCCCACCCCCUCCUAAUGAAGAAGUGGCUCCUAAAACUGCUUACUCAUCGCCUCCACCCCCAGCUUACAAAGCACCAAAAGAAGUUUACUCAUCACCUCCUCCUCCAUCUUCCGUAGCUCCAAAAGUCUACCCAUCACCACCAGCAUACGAAGCUCCAAAAGAUGUAUACUCAUCACCCCCACCUCCGGUUUAUGUAGCUCCAAAAGUUUACCCAUCACCAUCACCACCAGCAUACGUAACUCCUAAAGAAGUCUACUCAUCACCCCCACCUCCAGCUUAUGUAGUUCCAAAAGUUUACCCAUCACCACCACCACCAGCAUACGUAGCUCCUAAAGAAGUCUACUCAUCAACUCCACCUCUAGCUUAUGUCGCCCCAAAAGUUUAUCCAUCACCAUCACCUCCUAAAUAUGUUUACUCAUCACCCCCACCUCCAGUUUAUGUAGAUCCAAAAGUUUACCCAUCACCAUCACCACCAACAUACGUAACUCCUAAAUAUGUCUACUCAUCACCCCCACCUCCAGCUUAUGUAGCUCCAAAAGUUUACCCAUCACCACCACCACCAGCAUACAUAGCUCCUAAAGAAGUCUAUUCAUCACCUCCACCUCCAGCUUACGUAGCUCCAAAAUAUGUCUACUCAUCACCACCACCGCCUGCUUAUGUGGCUCCCAAAGUAUACCCAUCACCAUCUCCUCCCAAAUAUGUUUACUCAUCACCACCACCACCCGCUUACGUCGCUCCCAAAGUUUACCCAUCACCAUCGCCUCCUAAAUAUGUUUACGCAUCACCACCACCACCAGCUUACGUCGCUCCCAAAGUUUACCCAUCACCAUCGCCUCCUAAAUAUGUUUACGCAUCACCACCACCACCAACUUACAUCGCACCCAAAGUCUACCCAUCACCAUCACCACCUAAAUACGUGUACUCAUCACCCCCACCACCAGCUUAUGUAGCUCCUAAAUAUACAUACUCAUCAACACCACCACCAGCUUCUGUCGCCCCAAAAGUUUACCCAUCACCAUCACCUCCUAAAUAUGUUUACUCAUCACCACCACCACCAGCUUACGUCGCUCCCAAAGUCUACCCAUCACCAUCACCUCCUAAAUAUGUUUACUCAUCACCCCCACCACCAGCUUACGAAGCUCCUAAAUAUGUUUAUUCAUCACCUCCACCACCAACUUACGUUGCUCCAAAGUUAUACCCGUCACCAUCACCUCCUAAAUACGUAUACUCAUCACCACCACCACCAGCUUACGUCGCUCCAAAGGUAUACCCAUCACCCUCACCUCCUAAAUAUGUUUACUCAUCACCCCCACCACCAGCUUACGUAGCACCUAAAUAUGUUUAUUCAUCACCACCACCACCAUCUUACGUCGCUCCCAAGGUAUACCCAUCACCAUCACCUCCUAAAUACGUCUACUCAUCACCCCCAACACCAGCUUACGUCGCUCCCAAAGUAUACCCAUCACCAUCACCUCCUAAGUAUGUUUACUCAUCACCCCCACCACCAGCUUACAUAGCUCCUAAAUAUACAUAUUCAUCACCGCCACCACCAGCUUAUGUCGCCCAAAAAGUUUACCCAUCGCCAUCACCGCCUAAAUAUGUAUACUCAUCACCACCACCCCCAGCUUACGUCGCACCCAAAGUUUACCCAUCACCACUACCUCCUAAAUAUGUUUACUCAUCACCCCCACCACCAGCCUACGUUGCUCCUAAAUAUGUCUAUUUAUCUCCACCACCACCAACCUACGUCGCUCCCAAAGUCUACCCAUCAUCAUCCCCUCCUAAAUAUGUUUACUCAUCACCACCACCACCAUCUUACGUCGCUUCCAAAGUAUACCCAUCACCAUCACCUCCUAAGUAUGUUUACUCAUCACCCCCUCCACCAGCUUACGUAGCUCCUAAAUAUACAUACUCAUCACCACCUCCACCAGCUUACGUAACUCCUAAAUAUAUAUACUCAUCACCACCUCCACCAUCUUAUGUCGCCCCAAAAGUUUACCCAUCACCAUCACCUCCUAAAUAUGUUUACUCAUCACCACCACCACCAGCUUACAUCGCUCCCAAAGUCUACCCAUCACCAUCACCUCCUAAAUAUGUCUACUCAUCACCUCCACCACCAGCUGACGUAGCUCCUAAAUAUGUUUAUUCAUCACCACCACCACCAGCUUACGUUGCUCCAAAGGUAUACCGAUCACCAUCACCUCCUAAAUAUGUAUAUUCAUCACCACCACCACCAGCUUACGCCGCUCCAAUGGUAUACCCAUCACCUCCUAAAUAUGUUUACUCAUCACCCCCACCACAAGCUUACGUAACACCUAAAUAUGUAUACUCAUCACCAUCACCACCAGCUUACGUCGCUCCAAAGGUAUACCCAUCACCUCCUAAAUACGUCUACUCAUCACCCCCACCACCAGCUUACGUCGCUCCCAAAGUUUACCCAUCACCAUCACCUCCUAAAUAUGUUUACUCAUCACCCCCACCACCAGCAUACGUUGCUCCCAAAGUUUACUCAUCACUAUCCCCUCCUAAAUAUGUUUACUCAUCACCACCACCACCAGCUUACGUCGCUCCCAAAGUCUAUCCAUCACCAUCUCCUCCUAAAUAUGUUUACUCAUCACCCCCACCACCAGCUUACGUAGCUCCUAAAUAUGUGUACUCAUCACCACCGCCACCAGCUUACGUCGCUCCCAAAGUUUACCCAUCACCUCCCAAAUAUGUCUACUCAUCACCACCACCACCAGCUUACGUAGUUCCCAAAGUUUACCCAUCACCAUCACCUCCUAAAUAUGUCUACUCAUCACCACCACCACCAGCUUACGUCGCUCCCAAAGUUUACCCAUCACCUCAUAAAUAUGUUUACUCAUCACCACCACAACCAGCUUACGUCGCUCCCAAAGUAUACCCAUCACCAUCAUCUCCUAAAUAUGUGUACUCAUCACCUCCACCACCAGCUUACGUAGCUCCUAAAUAUGUCUACUCAUCCCCUCCACUACCAGCAUAUGUCGCCCCUAAGUAUGCCUACUCAUCCCCACUACUACCAUCAUACUAUUACCUAUCUCCCCCUCCACCUGCACCUAAAUAUGUAUACUCAUCCCCACCACCACCGGCAUAUGUUGCCCCUAAAUACACUUACUCAUCUCCACCACCAUCGGCAUAUGUUUCCCCUAAAUACACUUACUCAUCUCCACCACCACCAGCAUAUGUUGCCCCUAAAAAUGUUUACCCAUCUCCACCACCACCAACAGAAACACCUGCAUACUAUUAGAAAUUUGUAACUCCCUUAUUCAUUCCCACCUUUUUCACACUACUAAAAAUACAGGACCAAUUCGCUGCUCCGGGAUUGGUUCUUCCUUAGUUUGUUUAUUUUGAAAAUCCGUAGCCUCCAAGGUCACUUAUUGGUACCUGAAUCAUAAUUUGCGUUCUUUGAGUUUAUUCUACAUGGAGGGUUGAAUUGCAGAGGAGUUCAACGAAAUGAUCCCUUGCGACCUUCUGGUAACGUACUGUGCAAAACAAACCAACAUCUGCAUUUGGAGUGUGCUUCCUUAUUUGUUUGUUUUUUAUUUUACUUUUUUUGGAUGACUAUUACCGUUCUGUUGGUUAUUAUUUCAUUUAAAUAUCUUGGAAGUUCCAUGUAUUUAAUUUGCAAUAAAGAUGUUUAA